UAAAUAAUUUAAGUAAAAAAAUUAACAAAAUAUAAUUAAUAGAAAACAAAAAAAGACUCUGCUGAUUAUAUACAUUCAUUCAUUCAUUAACUUGAAAGCAAGAAUAUUUUAAUGGAUAUUUCAGAUAAGUUUUUGGACAUAAAAAACAAGCUGCUUAGGCACAGCUUUUAACAAGAAAGAGAAGAGCAGCAAAUAAUAACCUAACUUCAAGCAGAAUUGAAUUAAAAUUAAGAACAAAAUGUUUAGCAAAUCAUAACUCUCGAGGGAGACAAAGAAUUCACUAUUUAAAAUGUGCCAGUUGAAAAUCAUGCAUCUCAACUGAUUAAAAAAAAUUCCGAAAUAAUAGCUCAAAAUACAGAUUAAGAUGCAAACAGCUAAUUACAAGAAUUAUCUUCACCAACAAAUGAAUAAAAACCAGAUGUUGAGAAUCAAUAAUAAUUUGUAAGCUACGAAUAGUUUUUGAAUUCUGUAUAGGCUUACAAUCAGCAACUCUUACUAGAGUAACAAUAAUUAUAAAGCGAAUUAGGAUAAUAAUUGGCAACGGAUAGCGAUCUAACAAAUGAGGAGCAAAAAGAAAAUUAGGAUAUUGAUGAUUAAUAACAUUUUAGAGCUGAAAUGUAAAAUUUUAGUACCAAUAGUAUUAACAAAAUGGUACAGCUAGAUAAAUUUUAAACAGAAAUGAUUGAGAGUUUAGUAAAACUUAAAUAACAAGAAUUUGACAACCCGUUAAACGAAUUAGAUGGCUAGUUCUGCAUGAACUUAUAUUCAAAGUUAACUUAUUACUAAAAGCUAAUUAUAACAUAAUUCUUUUUUAAAUUGGCUUUUAUCUUGGGUACAGUCUUUAUCGGCUUCCGUCAUUUCAAUUUAGAAUAGGUAGGUGCAUCUCUUGUCUUGAUGUACUUAUUUAAAAAUCUAGCUGAGUUGUAUUUAACUAAUAAAGAAAUGAAUAUUCUAAAUGAAAAAAUAGAAGAUUAUAGUGAUUUAAAGUAAAAAUUAAAUUAGCACAAAGAUUGUUUCUAAGAUCAUAUAGACAAUAUCAAAAAUAGCUAGGUACUAUUAUAAAAAUAAAUAGAAACUUAAAACGAGGAAGCUCUUCAACUAUAGUAAACCUAUGAGCCAACUAACAAUGUUCAGCAACUUCUCUAACUCUUUGAUUUAUAGGAUCUUAAGAAAAAUAUAUUAUUAAAAUAUAAGGAAGAAUAAAAUAGACAAAAAACGAACUAAAUCAUAGUUCAAAGUCUUGAUGCCAUAAAAAGCUUAAUGUAGUUCUUGAAAAGAAUUAAAGAUGACGAUGAGUUCAAAAGAAAGCAGGAUGAAAUCUUUUUCUUAAAGCAAAAGGUGAAAUAAUUUUAGUCCUUCUUUUUCCCUUAAGAGGAUUUUUUGCAGUAGCCGUAGAAGUAGUCUAUGUAAAAAAUCAAAUAAGCGCUUUUAAGAUAGUAACCAUUAUUACUCUUUUUAUCCUACAUCAUGAAAAUAGUGAUUGCUGCUCUUACUUUACUAAAUUGUAUGUAUCUCUUUACUGCUGAAUCUUCCUCAAAGUUAUCUUCUAACUUCUAUAUCACUCUCUGGGCUAAUCUAAUACUAGACCAUAUUUAAAUUUUUGCCUUAGUAUUUUUUGUUAGCGUACUCCUUGUAGUAUUUUUAGUAAUCCUAAUAUUUUCUAGAACAAAAAUAUUGAUCUAAAGAUUUAAACAUCAAAAAAAAUUAAAACUCAGAUUACAAAGUUUGAAAAAAGAUAAAUUUGUAAAAUCUGACAAUCCUGACUAAGUAAAGGAGUGUAGUAUUUGUCUGAACGAUUACCAAAACGAUGAGACUAUUGUAAUACUUAACUGCGACUCCAAACAUAUAUUCCAUUAGUAAUGCAUAGAGACAUGGGUCAAGUAAAAAGACGAAUGCCCUCUAUGUAGAGCAGUCAUCUUCAAUUGA